GGAGAGAAACCUUACAAGUGUUCACACUGUGACAAGAGAUUCAUUCAGUUAGUACAUAUGAAAACACAUGAGAGGAUCCACACUGGAGAGAAACCGUACACUUGUGAUCAGUGCGGGAAGAAUUUUGCACGGAAAGGAAUCCUUAUGACACAUAUGAAAAUUCAUACAGGAGAGAAUCUGUACACAUGUAAUCAGUGUGGAAAGAGUUUGAUUAGCAAAUAUAGUCUUAAGCUUCACAUGAGAGUUCAUACUGGAGAGAAACCGUACACUUGUGAUCAGUGCGGGAAGAAUUUUGCACAGAAAGGAAUCCUUAUGACACAUAUGAAAAUUCAUACAGGAGAGAAACUGUACACAUGUAAUCAGUGUGGAAAGAGUUUGAAAUGCGAGUUUAGUCUUGAGCGUCACAUGAGAGUUCAUACUGGAGAGAAACCGUACGCUUGUGAUCAGUGCGGGAAGAAUUUUGCACAGAAAGGAAUCCUUAUGACACAUAUGAAAAUUCAUACAGGAGAGAAACUGUACACAUGUAAUCAGUGUGGAAAGGAGUUUGAAAUAAACCGUUACACUUGUGAUCAGUGCGGGAAGAAUUUUGCACAGAAAGGAAUCCUUAUGACACAUAUGAGAGUUCAUACAGGAGACAAACUGUACACAUGUAAUCAGUGUGGAAAGAGUUUGAAAUGCAAAUAUAGUCUUGAGCGUCACAUGAGAGUUCAUACUGGUGAGAAACUGUACACUUGUGAUCAGUGCGGGAAGAAUUUCACACAAUCAGUACACCUUAAGAGACACAUGAACAUCCACACUGGAGAGAAACUGUACUCAUGUGAUCAAUGCAGUAAAAGAUUUUUGAGAGCUUCAGACCUGAAGCAGCACCUGAGAGUUCAUACAAAGGAGAAGCCACAUUCAUGUUAUUUGUGUGGAAAGAGUUUUUCACGUAUUUCAACUUUGAAAGGACAUCAGAAAAUACAUACUGGUGUGAGAGAGUACAUGUGCUUUGAGUGUGAAAAGACUUUUACUACAGCAAAGUGUUUAAAACUGCACGAGAGGAUUCACACUGGAGAGAAACCGUAUCACUGCACUGAUCUGACAUUUCUGCAGACUGCUGUGUGCAGACCGGAUGUUGCUGUGGUCUGUUUAUCCUCAGUGAGCCCAGAGCCAGUGAGAGGAUUUAGUGAAAGACCAAAAGACAUUGAGGAUAUGAUUUUGGUCAAGGACCUCAAUCCCUCUGGAGCCACUUGGAGAAAAGACAGCAGUCGUGACAGCUGCAGAGAUUGA